AUGCCUUCAGUUGGCAGUGGACGAGAGUCGUCAGCUGCAGCAGCCACUCCUCACGAUGAGACGACUCCCUUGCUGCGAGACGGCGACAGCAAUGCUGCUAUCCCCGCAGAACAGUCGCAGACCCCCAACGAGAAUGAGGAGCAGGUCGUGAUCGUCGAAGAGAUCACUGGUAUCAAGCUUUGGCUCAUUCUCUGCAGCGGAUGGAUGGGUGUUUUUCUAGGCGCUGUAGACGCCUCCAUUAUCGCGACUCUCUCGGCUCCCAUUUCCAGCGAGUUCAAGUCUCUCAGUCUGCUAUCAUGGCUGGCUACAGCCUAUCUGAUUGCCAAUGCGGCAUGUCAGCCCAUUAGCGGCCGCUUGACCGACAUCUUUGGCCGCGGCCCGGGUCUGGUUUUCAGCAACUUGUUUUUCGCUGCCGGAAAUCUCAUAUGCGGACUCGCCCAGAACGAACAUGUCAUGAUACUGGGUCGGGUGGUAGCCGGGAUCGGCGGUGGCGGGUUAAUGUCCAUCACUACCUUCUUGGCUACGGAUUUGGUGCCUCUCCGGAAGCGAGGUAUCAUUCAAGGCAUCGGAAAUAUCGCCUAUGGCUCCGGAGCCAUGUGCGGAGGCGUCAUCGGAGGCUUGCUCAACGACUACACAAGCGGCGGGUGGCGUCUCGCGUUCUUCAUCCAGGUGCCCCCGGUGUUGGUGUCCGCAUGUCUGGUGGCCUAUCUGGUUCGCAUCCCUCCCAAGGUCUCGAACAAGUCUUACCUGGCCCGUAUCGAUUUCGUCGGUGCAUUUCUCAUCAUUGUCUUCCUCGUUCUACUCCUUCUCGGGCUCAACGCCGGCGGAAACCUCGUGCCAUGGACACAUCCACUGCCUCUGACAACCAUUCCGCUCGCCUUUGUUGCCGCCUUGGGCUUCGUCUGGUGGGAGGCGAGAGCCGCACAGCCGAUCAUUCCUGUUAGGCUACUCCUCCGUCGGACGGUCUUUACAGCGUGCAUGACGAAUCUCGUUACGACCAUGGCCAAUAUGAUGGCCUUGUUCUAUAGUCCACUAUAUCUGCAGGUACGCGGCGACUCCGCGACUCAAGCGGGUCUCGUCAUUCUCUUUGCCCCCAUCGGCAUCUGCAUUUGCUCCGUGGGCAGCGGGUACCUGAUGAAAAAGACCGGGCGAUAUGUCGGUAUUGGUAUCCUUUCGGUCAGUCUACACUUGAUACACGUCGUCAUUCUAACUACUCUGAAUGAAACGACGCCGAAAUGGCAUCUCAUGCUGGCCUUUUUCCUGCUUGGUUCCGGCUAUGGCGCCAUGUUGACAAUUACGUUAUUGGCUUGCCUUGCUGCAGUGGAUCAUGCUGACCAGGCCGUCAUUACUUCCGCCACCUACGCCUUCCGGUCUGUGGGAGGUACAGUAGGCGUGACUAUAGCGUCGACAGUUUACCAAAACAUCCUCAAGACGCAGCUCUGGAACCACUUUGGUCAUCUGCCCGAUGCCAGCGUUGAAAUUCCCAGAAUUCGGGAUGAUCUCAACGAACUCAAACAUCUACCCGAGGGGUGGCCAAAGUCAGAUGUCAUUGCUGUCUUUAUGGAGGCCUUCCGGGGUGUAUGGUUCACGGCUUUGGGAAUGGUUCUUCUUGGCCUGAUCGCCGUGAGCCUCAUGAAACAACAUACUCUCCACUUGACGCUAUCCCGCUCCGAGCGGUCUUAA